UGCGCUGUUCGCUGCUGCUUGCGACCGCCCUUCCGCGCGUUCCGGGAACUCGGGAUCGAAACCUGGUCAAGACGGCCCAACCUUCCAGUUCAGCUAGGGUCAGAGAAAGCCAGAAGCAAGCCUCAGCGAGGUGAAGCGCCUGGCUGCUGAGGAAUGAUCAGAGUCUGGGAUGUGCGGAGCGUGGUCGCUAAGAAUUUGACUCACCUUCCCCAUGCUCCUUCUCUUCCACUCCUCAUCCACUGGACUCCGGGCCUCCAGCUGUCAGCCCCGAUUUCCUGACAGGGUGUGGCGACCCCGAUUUCUGUUUGCAAGCACUGCCAGCAGCCCAAGAGCAAGGUUCCAAGGCUGGAUUUCUUUUGCCUAGGCUGCUUAGCCGGGGCCUCAGAGUCUUGAGCGCAGGCCACUGAGCAUAGGCCCGGGCGAGGCGUGGUGCGCCAUGGCGGACGGGCAGCCGGGUCCCGCCGUGGACUGGGAGAUCGACGUGGAGAGCCUGGAGCUGGAGGAGGACAGCUGCGGGGCACCGCCGCCAACGCCGCCCGGGCCCAGCCCGCCGCCUGCCUACGAGGACGACGACGACGCGGAGGACGAGGAGACAAACGCGGGCGGCGGCGCGGAGCCGCGCAAGCUCAGUCGCACGCCCAAGUGCGCGCGCUGCCGCAACCACGGCGUGGUGUCCUGCCUCAAGGGCCACAAGCGCUUCUGCCGCUGGCGUGACUGCCAGUGCGCCAACUGCCUGCUGGUGGUGGAGCGGCAGCGCGUCAUGGCCGCCCAGGUGGCGCUCCGGAGGCAGCAGGCCACGGAGGACAAGAAGGGGCUUUCUGGGAAACAGCAUAAUUUCGAGCGCAAAGCAGUGUACCAGAGGCAAGUCAGGGCACCCAGUUUGCUGGCCAAAAGCAUUUUAGAAGGCUACCGCCCCAUCCCGUCAGAGACUUAUGUGGGAGGGAGUUUACCUCUACCUCCCCCAGUAAGUGACCGGAUGAGGAAAAGGAGGGCCUUUGCGGAUAAAGAGUUGGAGAACAUUAUGCUGGAGAGAGAAUAUAAAGAGAGGGAGAUGUUGGAAGCUUCCCAAGCUGCUGCCUUAUUCCUGCCCAACCGCAUGGUGCACGGUUCUGAGUACAGCUCCUACAAAAGUGCCUACAGCCCCACCCCAGUGGAACCACCAAGCAAGGACUUCUGCAGUUUUUUGCCCACCUGCCUUGAUCUCACCAUGCAGUAUUCAGGCUCUGGGAACAUGGAACUAAUUUCUUCCAAUGUCAGCGUGGCCACGACUUACAGACAGUAUCCCCUAUCCUCGAGACUUUUAGUUUGGCCCAAGUGUGGCCCUAUUAGUGACACCCUCCUCUACCAGCAGUGCCUGCUGAACGCUACCACGUCAGUUCAGGCCCUGAAGCCUGGGACCAGCUGGGACUUGAAGGGAGUGCGACUGCAGGAUGGACUUGCAGCAGAUCAUGACAUGAUGCCACCGAAAUUGGAAGGCUCUCUGGUGCUGCCUCACACUCCUGAGGGCCACAUCUUAAGAAGUGACCUGCAGGGUCACCAGGCCCUCCCGGAGAGGUCUGCGUUCUCCCCACCCCGACGGAAUUUCUCGCCAGUUGUUGACACGGACACCAUGGCAGCUCAAGGGCACGUCUUAACCAAGAUCAGCAAAGAAAGCACCAGGCACCCUCUGCCACUUAAACAUAAUCCAUUCCACUCAUUAUUCCAACAGACUCAUAAUGACAAAUCAGGUCCCGAGUUGAAAACAUCAUCUGUCAAAGAGGCCUUUGAAGAGGCCCCUAAGAAACCCAGGGAGUGUUUAGUCAAGGAGAACCAGAAAUACACAUUUACAAUAGAUAGAUGUGCAAAAGACUUUUUCGUAGCCAAACAAGUCGGAACAAAGCUCUCCGUGAAUGAGCCCCUGUCAUUUUCUGUUGAGUCUAUUCUUAAGAGGCCUUCAUCUGCCAUCACUCAUGUCUCUCAGUGAAAGGCUGCUGAAAUGGAAAGCUGGAUUUGCUGCCGUCUCAGAGGAUUCUUACCAGUCACUAAUUUUUUUAAAGAUAAAAGUUGUAUAAAGAAAUUUCUAAUGUAAAUGAUGAUGAUUAAAAAAAUUCUGUAUCUUCAUACGCAUGUACUUUACCUUACCACAUAAAUAUAUUUAAAGAUGGAAAUUGCUUAUGUGCAAAUUUUCAGGCUUUAGAUAUCAUUUCAAAAAGCAAUAAAAUUGACACUGUCUUCUAAAAGACCCA